ACGUUUUUAUUUUGUGUUCUGGUGUUUGAUUUCCCCGGUAAAUAUACUCGUACGAGUCGUAGUGCAUUGGUAUAAUAUUAUGGUUUUGUAGUCGAUACCAUUUCUCUUAGAUAGUAGCAAAUUCAUUCAGAAAGCCGGGGACGUUUUUUGGUAGACCAAGUGUGUAAUGUCGCACGUUGGUUCUUCAAGCCGCCACCGUUCCGACAUCAACAUGAGCUUGGACGAUGUGCCACUACGUGACUCAACAUCUGACCGACACUCUCCCUAUGGUGGUCCUACCUCAGGCGAAGACAGCGUCAGAGGUCGCAGGAUAUUCGUGAGCCAUAUUCCAUUUCGCUACAACUGGCGCGACCUGAGAGAUGAAGUGAAAAAGCAGGGAUUUGACGUCAUAUUCUGUGAGCUGUUUCUGGAAGAAAACGGAAAAUCCAAGGGAUGUGGGUAAGUACGCACCACCAUACAGUGCAUUGUCUGUACAAUAGUUUGUUUCCUAGCUAUUGGUGUUUCACUUCUGUAUCCUUCUCGCUUGUUGUUCAACAACAUCCCUUGUGCCUGCACGCACAUGUACUCUUAUGUGUGCUUGGAAAAUGAGUGUUGACUCUUUGCCUGGGAGCCCUUCGGUGUUGUUGAGUUGUGGCGUCAGCCGUCCUUGAACCGCAUGGUGUCCUGUCAAAGCACGCAUACUCCUGGUUCCAGUCCUUUCGGCGAGCAAUGUUGCUGUGAGAUGCACGGUCGUGCUGAGUUGGUGUGACUUAGGCGAACUCUGCUCGACCUGGUGUUCUAGAUCUUGCUUCUGUACGGUCAUGUUGAGGACUGACGCACCAUAUGGUUCAUGUUACAAAUGUUGUCAUGCAUUCUCCUGCAACAGACGCAGGUUAAUGGCUUGUUGAUACAGCUGAUUUGCCGAAUUUUGGGGUUGUUGCCAGU